AGCUUACAAAAUCCCCAAGCACUUGCUGCUUUAGUUGUUACUGUUCUGUUUGAAGGAUAGAGCUGCCUGACUCCUUCUUAGAAAGCAAUACUGUAAACAUGGCUCAGAAAUUUGUGCAGAGCAAAAUCAAAUCUGAUAAAGUGGCUGUUUUUAUAAAGCCAAACUGUCGUUACUGCCAGGAUGCAGUGGAAUUACUCAAGAAAUAUUCCUUCAAGAAAGGCCACCUGGAAUUCAUUGAUAUCACCACCGAAGAUAUGGAUGGCAUUCAGGAUUAUUUCCGGCAGACAACAGGGGCAAAAACAGUCCCCCGUGUGUAUAUUGGAGAAGACUGCAUUGGUGGAUAUUCUGAUCUGGCUGCUUUAGAAGAGCAGGGAAAACUCUCUCAAAAGCUAAAGCAAAUUGGUGCUCUAUAGUAACAUGGAGGCCAAAAAUGACUGGAAUUUUGUGACUGCAUUACCCUGCCACUGGAGCCUUAGCGGUGACUUUCCUGUUGACAUCUGAUUUCCUUCUAAAUCUACAAGAGAAGUGGAUAUUGGGCAUCUGUUCUUUUGGUGGCGUUAAUAGUGGUACAAUAUGUUAUAUCUCUUCAUCCUGUCUAUAGCCCUGGGAGCAAACCCAGAAAAUGAUUGGGCUUUGCCUAAAGGAAUAAAAUGUUUGCACUAAU